GCGGAGCCACCAGCGGCAGCGGCGGCGAAGAAGCUUUGCUCGCGCUCCUCUCCCGCCGGACCAGGGACCAGCCCGCCGCCCCCCCGCCGCCCCCGUCAUGGCCAACUUCACCGGCAGCUGGAAGAUGCGCAGCUCGGAGAACUUCGAGGAGCUGCUGAAGGCGCUGGGGGUCAACGUGAUGCUCCGGAAGAUCGCCGUGGCCGCGGCCUCCAAGCCAGCGGUGGAGAUCAAGCAGCAGGGGCCCUCCUUCUACAUCAAGACCUCCACCACUGUGCGCACCACGGAGAUCCGCUUUGAGGUUGGGGAGGAGUUUGAGGAGCAGACGGUGGAUGGGAGGCCGUGCAAGAGUUUGGCCAAGUGGGAAAACGACAACAAGAUCGUGUGUGAGCAGAAGCUGCUGAAAGGAGAAGGGCCCCAAACCAGCUGGUCCCGGGAACUGACCAACGACGGGGAGCUCAUCCUGACCAUGAAGGCCGACCACGUCGUGUGCACGAGGAUCUACGUCCGUGAGUGAGAGGCCUCCCGCCAGCGCCAGGCCCAAGGGGGGGAGCUGCACCCCUGCCCUGCAGCCCCGUGGCAACCUCCCCCACUGCCUGGUGCGCGGAGGCUCCGUCGGCCACCGGACGAAGCAGAGCGGCCCUUCCACCCUGGCUGAAGGGAGGGGGCCAAAGCGACCGGAGACCCUCUCCCUGACCCCCUCCCCCCCUACAGAAGCCUGCCUCGCUUGGGGGAUUAAUGGCGGAAUCUGGGGUCAGGCUUGGGGGGUCAGGACGGGUCCCCCAUGGAGGCUCUGCCCUCCUCUCCCAUUUGGGGCGGGGGGCUUCCCUUCAGCUCCUGAGGUUUUCCCUGCCGCCCCCUCCUUUGUUCCUGGCCGGUGUGGGCUGCUCCGCCUGCUGAACCCCCAGAGCAGCGCAGCAGCUUUCCUGCAGGGACCCACCAAGGGGCUGCCGCUCCCACCCCUCACCUCCGUCCCUUUCCUUCUAGCCCAAAGCCUGUGACCUUCCCCCGCCUCCAUUAAAGUCUCU